GGGCGAAGUUGGACCCGCCCACGCUACAAAAUUCCAUCUGUCACCAACCAGCAACGGACUCGUUUUUCAGAAUUUUAAAAUUUCCAAAAACAAACAAUCUCUCACUUACAUUUCAAAAAUAAGUUUCCACAAAGUCCUAUUUUUUUGCUAACUUUGCAAAUUCCUCGAUUCUUACGGCACUUGCAGUUUGGUUGAUUCAUCCCUAAAAGGAGUCAAAGUUGCUGACUUUUUGUUGCUGCUGCCUGCUGUCAUUCCAUUGUGAAGAAUUCGUGUGGUGGUGUUAAAUUGAUCAUCUUCAACCGGAAGGGCGUGAUUCAAGUGAUUAUCAUUUAUAACUAUCGUGUGGAUUGAGUAUUGGAGAAGAUAACAUGGCCCACAUUAGCGAAGAAGAAUUCCAAGAGACCUUUUCUCUCUUUGACCACCGUGGCGAUGGAAAAAUCCAAGUCAGCCAGGUUGGCGACGUGCUCCGCGCUUUGGGACAAAAUCCCACCGAAGCGGAUGUCAAGAAGUUGACCCAUCAACAUCGCCCAGAGGAACGGAUCAGCUUCGAAGUCUUUUUCCCAAUCUACACUCAAAUCUCCAAGUCGAGGAGCAACGAUACUGCCGAGGACUUUAUCGAGGGACUCAGGCAUUUCGAUAAGGACGGCAAUGGCUACAUUUCAUCCGCCGAGUUGCGACAUUUACUCACAACUCUGGGCGAGAAACUCACGGACGAAGAAGUCGAGCAACUUCUCGUCGGUCAUGAGGACUCGCAAGGAAACGUCCACUACGAAGAAUUUGUCCGGGCCGUGAUGAACGGUUAAAUAAAUAAUCGUGUCGUUCAUCCGGACAAGAGUUACCAACAUCUAACAAAGAAUGGCACAAGAUAAUCCAUGAUUUUAUCUUAUCUUUACUCUAAUAAGUUCUAAACUGUAGACGAAUAAAUGUCUUAUUUAUUAAUUCUUACAAAAAAUUCAUGUUUAGUUUAAUAUAAAUAAUUCUGAUUCCAUAAUUUCAGAAGACUUCUUACUAACCAAAUGUUAUAUUAAAUUCUACUAGAAUUUAGUUAAAUAGCGGUCCAGUCAGUUAAUGAAUCAUUCCUUUGUUUUUAUAUAGAAAAUUAGCGUUGGAAAAACAGAGCACUUAACUUUCUGCAGUAUUCCAUGUCAAGCUUCGCUUUUUCAUAAAUCUAUAGUUCAAUAAUUAGUUAAAUAAUAAUCUAUUGAUCAAUUUAGCACAAAAAUACAGCUUUUAAUUCCAAUACAUAAGUAUUUAACAGUAGUACAAUAAUAAGAGAACCAAAUUACAACGAUUUAAAUAAUAAGUAACAUAACAGCCUAAUUUAAAAACUCAUUGUUAAUUUGUAGACAAAAGUACCUACCUAUAAUUAAAAUUAAUUUAAUGAGGGGUUAAAACCACUUUCCACCAUUUCGAACCAAUUGAUUAAAUUUAACAACAAUUUAUCAAAUUCAAAGUA